UUCUUCCACCAAGCGGAGCAGUCUCUCUUAUCGCCAACCGCCGGAGCAAGCCGCGGGAGCUCACUCUUUGAUAUCCCCCCGGCGAACCCCGAGCCGAUCGAUGAGGCCGUCGCCCAUGGCGGCGCGGGCCGCAAGCGGGUGCUGCUGCUGCUCCCCGGCGGUGGCGCUGGCCUUCUCCCGCCUCCGGCCCCUCCUCAGCCGCGCCGCCGUCCGCCAGGGCCCCGCCGCCGCGGCCACCGGCGGCCGCUUCGCCCUUAGUACCACCUCCCGGGGCCGCCUUGUCGACUCCGUUCUGGAGGAGCUCCGGUCCUCCCGGAGGGCUGCUCGCUUCUCGGCAAGGAUAGGAUUGCAUGGCACAAAGCAACUGUCAGACAUCAAGAUAGAUAAGAGAACCUUACAAAAAGGAUGGUUGCUUGAAUUUCACAAAGAUUCUGAGAGAUCAUUGCUUGCAGUUGUAGAAAGGCCCGACGGGAAGAAAAACUGGGUAGUCACUGACCAGAAUGGUAUCUUAUCUUCUAUAAAGCCCCAGCAGGUUACAUAUGUUGUACCUGGUACCAUGAAUUUCGAUUCUUCAAAAAUAGCUGAAUUUCUCGAGAAAGCGCAAGAUCUUUUGGACCCUACUGUUCUGGAAUGUGCCUGGAUGGAGCUUUCUGAGAAGGGCAAAUCAGUAACAGUUGAUGAGUUUGCAGAUAUAGUUUAUGGUAGCAAGGAAUCUUUGGAGAGCUACUGUGCACACUUCUUGUUAUCACGGGAUAUUGUAUAUUUUGUGAAGGUGGAGAGCAGAGAUUCUUCCAUGUACCAGCCUCGCCCGUCUGCUCAGGUGGAUGAACUUUUACGACGGAAACUUGCUAAAGAGGCCGCCGAGAAGGAACUGGAAGAAUUUGUCCACCUACUCAAGUCCGCCAAAGCAUUGCCUCUGGACUCUAAGCCUCCUAAAAAUUCUUGGUUGAUGGAAGACAAAGUGAAACAAAAAAUGGAGUCUCUUCAGGCAUAUGCAGUUGAUGCGUGUGACGAUGAACAAAGAAGAAUGGCAGGAAAUAUUCUCAAGGCUAUGGGAUUCUCACGGACUUCAUCAGCUGCCCUGAAGCUUCUUAUAAAUGUUGGAUACUUCCCCGUGCAUGUCAAUCUCGAUCUUUUUAGAUAUGAUGUUCAAACCUCGUACAGUGAGAAAGUUCUAUCUGUUGCUGAUGAGCUUCUGGCCGAUUGCCCUGAUUCAGAUAAGCACAUUCGAAAAGAUCUUUCAACUUUGAAAGUUUAUGCCAUUGAUGUGGAUGAGGCUGAUGAACUUGAUGAUGCACUAAGUGCAACUAGACUACCUGAUGGUAGGAUAAAGGUCUGGAUACAUGUAGCUGACCCAACAUGCUUUCUUCAACCCCGGAGUAUCAUUGACAGGGAGGCAAUGCACAGAGGAACCUCGAUCUUUUUACCAACUGCCACCUAUCCAAUGUUCCCAGAGAGGCUUGCCAUGAAUGCUAUGAGCUUGCAACAGGGUACAGAUUGUAGAUCUGUAAGCGUAUCUGUGAUCUUGAAUCCAGAUGGAAGUAUUGCAGAAUAUAAGAUAGAAAAUUCAGUAAUCAAACCUACCUACAUGUUAACAUAUGAGAGUGCAACUGAAUUGCUGUACAUGAACCUGGAAGAAGAGGAAGAACUGAGGAUUCUUCGAGAAGCUGCUUCAAUUCGUGCACAAUGGCGAUGCAGCCAGGGUUCAAUCGACACUGCUAUGAUAGAACCUCGUAUCAAGGUGGCAAAUCCUGAUGAUCCCGAACCAAACAUUAAUCUAUAUGUUGAAGACCAAACAAACCCAGCAAUGCAGCUUGUAUCAGAGAUGAUGAUACUUUGUGGGGAGGCAGUGGCUUCUUUUGGUUCUGACAACGAUCUUCCUUUACCAUACAGAGGGCAUCCCCAGAAUAACACAGCUGUGUCAGCAUUUGCCUAUCUACCUGAAGGGCCUGCCAGGAGCUUUGCCAGUAUAGCUCUGCUCCGUGCUGCUGAAAUGGAUUUUCGGAAACCUGUAGCACAUGGUGUCCUUGGUAUUCCUGGUUAUGUGCAGUUCACCUCCCCUAUUAGAAGAUAUGUUGAUCUGCUAGCUCAUUAUCAGGUAAAGGCUUUUCUUAGAGGUGAAUCUCCACCAUAUUCAGCUGGUGACUUAGAAGGAAUGACAUUUAUUGCGAGCAUGCAUGUUAAAGUAGCUCGGAAGCUCCACAGCAACAGCUUACGUUACUGGUUGUUGGAAUACUUAAGGAGACAGCCAAAGGGGAGGAAGUUUAAAGCACUGAUACUUAAGUUCAUUAAGGAUCGUAUGGCAACUUUGCUUUUGGUGGAGGUUGGGAUCCAAGCCACAACCGUAGUUGCAGCUGGGAAAGUUGGAGAUGAAGUAAGCGUGGUUGUGGAAAUGGCUCAUCCCCGUGAUGACAUCUUAUCGGUUACGGAGAUUGCAGAAGAUACAGAGUAGUAGAGCACACCGUGGCUUUCAGAUGUUCACUGCCUCACUUCUGAACCCAGAUACUGUGGGGCUGCAGGUACUAUAUGUACCUAAGAAACAGGAAGAUGCUAUUUGGUUUCGCCAAGAAGCAAUGUUGAUUGCUUUCGGUGCAUAUACCAGACGAGAUUCAUUACCUUUGCGCUUCAAACGGAGGAUCUCCACUUCAAAGACCAUGCUGUUGAGUUUACUGUCAAGAAUGGUUUUGAUGGACAGAGCUGGCAAAGUGCAGGCAUAUGUUCACAUUCUAAACCUUCUAGUAGUAUAAGAUCGUCUAAUUACCAUGCUAAUCCCUUUUUGAGGCUGACAGUCUGGUGAAAGCACAGAUCUGGACCAGUUGAACUUCCUCGGAUCCCUGCGGUUUUUGGUUCAAACGCUGAGUUUUGGGGAUGACUCUUGUAUAUAGCUGCACGUAUAUGAUCCAGAGUUUUGAUGCCCUGCUGAUACCAUAUCUCAAAUUCUCAAUACAUGUUCUGCUGUUAUCUUGGAAUUAUAAUUAUUUGUAUAGAAUUGAGACGAUGUGCAAUUGUUUCUUCACUUUCUUCAUUGUAAAAUUGCCUUGACCCUCUUCGGAAGACUACUGGUUAGAAUUUAAGAUUAUGGAAUUGCAAAGGACCAAAUCUAGGCUGUUCUCAGGACAGAGGGUUUGAUUGUACUCCUGAAUUUCUUAUGGAACACACCAAGUACUGCUGGUUUUUAA